AUGAAGCUCAAGUUGACAGACACCAAGUCGGGGAAACCCAUCCAUGUAGGAUUCCGUGAGGAAUUCAACCUGAUCCACUGUGUUCAGUCAGGCCUUCUCGCUCUUGCGAUUGCGGAUCGGGCCUUCGUCGACGACAUCACUUGUCUGCAAGACAUCUACAAACUUAGAGUUCCCUCAACUAUGGAUCGGUUGAAGCUCCAGUGGAAAGCAGACUGGUCCAAUAAAUUCAUAUUCAGACAAGGUCCUCUUCACAGCGACCAUAUAACGUACCAGCAGUGCCUUCAGGCAAUCCAGGCGCUUGGUCGUGUGUGUGGAUACGAAGAAAAGCUGAGGUUCUAUCAGAUUCGUCGCGGAUCGGGCAAGAAGUUAACAGAAGAGCUUACGAUGGAAGAGAGGAAUCAAAUCAUGGAUCACAUUGGAGGUACAUCAGCAGUUUACCGCCGGUACUACAUGACUGGCUUCAUCGACAAGGACAUACAGGCCAUC